GUUGGAUCACAACCUGUAUGGCAUCAAUCAACGGCGGAGAUUUGAGAUGACAUAAUAUAGUGGGCAAGUGCAAAAAACACACCUCUCCCUCCCACUUCUUCUCUCAUCUUUCUCCCUUCUCCGCCAUAGCCGCCAAAAUUCCUGCCAUUUCCGGCCCCUCUUCGCCGCCUCUGCAACCCCCUUUUUGCCGGAUUUCAAAUCCAAAUUCAGUUUCAUACGACAAAGUAAAAGCGAAGAGAGAUUCGAAGAAGAAGGAUGAAAGAGAAAAAGUGGUUUGAUUUGCUACCAUAGACACCAAAAACUCCACACGAGUCCCUAAGCAAAAAAGUCCAACUCCUUCUCUCUCUCUCUCUCUCUCUCUCUGUGUUCUUCUGAAUCGUAUAAGCUUGUAGACGUACUCGAGCGCGCGCACUCUUAGCUCUCUUUUUCCUCUGAUAGUUAACUUUGCUGGUUUGAUUGUUCUGUUUUUGUUCGAUGAGAGCCGGAGAUUGUCACUGCCGGUCUGGGAAUUGAGACUUCCGGAAUGACCGACAACGACUCUGAAGCGAAGAGCUUCCGAGCUAUGGUGGAGAGCGCCAACCGGAAGUUCGCUAGGGUCCAAGACGUCCCGGCCUACGGGCGUGUGGACAACCACCACUACUUUCAUAAGGUUUUCAAGGCUUAUAUGCGUCUCUGGAAGUACCAGCAGGAAUUCCGCGCGAAGCUUGUUGAAUCUGGACUGAACCGCUGGGAAAUUGGCGAGAUCGCUAGCCGGAUUGGUCAGCUUUACUUUGGCCAUUAUAUGAGAACUAGCGAGGCUAGGUUCUUGAUUGAAGCCUAUGUCUUCUAUGAAGCGAUUCUUAAUCGAAGCUAUUUUGAGGGAUCGAAGAAUUCGAGGAAGGAUCUGGGGGCGAGGUUCAAGGAACUGAGAUUUUACGCGAGGUUCUUGCUGGUUUCGUUGUUUUUGAAUCGUACGGAUACUGUUCAGGUUCUAGCGGAACGAUUGAAGGCUCUGGUCGACGAUAGCAAGGCCACUUUUCGGGCUACUGACUUUAAAGAGUGGAGGCUAGUUGUACAAGAAAUUUUCUGCUUCAUGAAUGUAGCAACAGCCUCGACAAAUGUCAGACCUUUACGUUAUUCUGCUGCAUUUGAUUCCCAUCCAUCAUCCCUUCCAUUUGUGGCACGUUUCCAUGCAAAGAGGGUUCUUAAAUUUCGAGAUGCUGUUCUGACUAGCUACCAUCGAAAUGAGGUUAAAUUUGCGGAAAUUACUUUGGACACUUAUAGAAUGCUGCAAUGUUUUGAAUGGGAGCCUGGUUUCUUCUACCAAAAGCAUCCAGUUGAACCAAAUGAAAAUGGAGCUGCCAUUGAUCAUUCUGGGGCAUCUGGAAUCAUUGAUAUUAACUUAGCUACUGAUACUACCGAUUCAUCUUUACCUCCAAAUCCAAAGAAAGCUAUCCUCUAUCGACCUUCUGUGACUCAUUUGAUAGCUGUCAUGGCCACAAUUUGUGAAGAGCUCCUUCCAGAUAGUAUCAUGCUGAUUUAUCUGUCUGCAGCAGGGAAAUGCUGUCAAAACAGUGUCAAUCAAAUGGCGAGUUAUGGGGAAUCAAGAAAAUCCUUGAAAAAUAAAGUCCAGAAUUCACGAGAAAAUUGUAAUGCUCUACCCGAAUCUUGUAAGAGUGAGAAGCCAGGAUCGAGUGACCUUUAUGAUGAGUAUUUGUGGUUUGGGCAUAGGGGUAAUGGAGGUCCAAACGUUUUAUACCCUGGUGAUAUAAUACCUUUUACACGUAGACCAGUUUUCUUGAUAGUUGACAGUAACAACAGCCAUGCAUUCAAGGUUCUACAUGGGGCAGAGAGAGGAGAAACUGCCGCCAUACUUCUUUCACCAUUGAGGCCUGCAUUCAAGAAUCCCUUAAAUGUUGAUACAACUCAAUCGGGAAGUCAAUUUACUUUUUUCUUGACUGCCCCUCUGCCGGCAUUUUGCGAAUUGGUUGGCCUCCCCUCGGCCAAUUUGGAUAUAGAUGUUUACAAUGAUGCUGAGACCAUAAUCUCCUCUGCAUUUUCCGAUUGGGAAAUAAUUCUUUGUACAUCAGCUAGCUUAAAUAUCGUCUGGGCCCAAGUUUUGUCUGAUCAUUUUUUACGGCGUCUUAUUCUCAGAUUUAUAUUCUACCGAUCUGUGCUAUCAUUCUUCAACACAAAAGAAGACGACGACCUUCCUGUUUGCCUGCCUUGUCUUCCCGACUCUCUCUCUUCAAAUUCUGGAGUUGUCAGCUCAGCAAUUCGCCGUCUUGCAAAACACCUUAAUGUUGCCGACUUAUUUAACUUCCACGCAGUGUAAUCACGAGCUAGAUAUUGUGAAAGCCCACCUGCCCGCCUGCCUGGAUUUGUGUUUAAAGUCUGCCUUCUCAAGGUCAGUCCACAAUCAAAACAUAACACCAUUGGGCACUAGAGAGUUACAGUUAGGAUCACAAAUUGGUGUUCGUUUUGAAGCUAAACUUAUGAAACACUGGUAGUAGUGUGAUGGUGGUUGCCUUCCAUUUUAAUGUUUAUGUGCAACCUAUUGGCUUCUUAAGUUUCAAGGUGGGUUUACUGUUUAGUUAGCUGAGAGUGUGAUAAUUUAUUGUAGGUUUCUUUAAAGAGUCUUGAAGAUUCUUUUUUUCUUUCUUUUUGCUUUUUACUUUUCAUUUCUCUGUAAAAAGAAAAAAAGGGAAAAGGGAAAAAUGGAAAUUGAAGCAGAGAAAUGAAACUCAUCCCUCUCCCAAGCCCCGCGAAAUCGGCAUCUUUCAAUUUACUUAGAAAUGCCGGCAAAUCGGGAAUGUAUAAUCGUUUUCUAGGACUCUUAUACAAAGGUGGCAAAUCUUGAGAAGUUGAGUUUGUUCGAUAUUGAAUGAUCAAUUAUUAUGAGGAAGCCUUUCUAAGAUCUUGAAGUU